AUGGCAGGUGUAACGAACCUGGAGAAGAAUGACGGCGAGGUUGUUCGGCAAAGCCAGCACAAUGCGGUCGAUCAAGAAGAGUAUUCCGUGUUCACCGUGAACCAGAAAAGGGCUAUUGUGGCAGCUGCCUCUUUGGCUAGUUUCUAUUCUCCCUUGUCGUCCAGUAUAUACUUCCCUGCAUUGGAGACCAUCGCAUCGACCUUAGGUGUCUCGACGUCCAAAGUCGAUAUCACCGUCACCACAUACUUGAUCAUGCAAGGCAUCGCCCCCAUGUUUAUCGCUGGCUUCUCCGACACCGCAGGCCGUCGCCCAGCAUACAUAAUCUGCUUCACGAUUUACCUCGCCGCAAACCUAGGCCUAGCCCUACAAAACAGCUACGCCGCGCUUCUCGUGCUCAGAUGUGUCCAAAGCGCCGGUAGCAGCGGUACCGUGGCGCUCGCUAACGGAGUCGUCAGCGACAUUAUCACUUCUGGUGAACGGGGCGCGUAUAUCGCGUAUGCUUCGCUGGGAGGCAUGUUGGGACCGUCGCUCUCGCCGGUGAUUGGAGGCUUGAUUAGCCAAUUCGUGGACUGGCAUUGGAUAUUCUGGUUCCUGCUUAUCUUCGCGGGAGUGUUCUUCAUCAUCCUCGCACUUUUCCUACCAGAAACAUGCCGCAAAGUCGUGGGCGAUGGAUCAAUCCCCCCACCAGCCCUCAACACCUCCGUGAGCGACAUAAUCCGGCACCAACGACGCCAACAAAAAGGCCUCACACCCUUACCUUCGAAAACCACCGCCCUCCGCAAAAACACCACAUUUCACCUCCCCUCCCCCAUCCCAACCUUAAAAGUCUCCUUCGACCUCGAAACAGCCGCCAUCCUCCUCACAACAGGCCUCCUCUUCGCCUGCUUCUACGCCAUAAUGACAGGCGCCACAACCACCUUCCAUGAAGUAUACCACUUCAAUAACAUCCAAACAGCCCUAAUGUACAUCCCCAUCGGCGCAGGCGGGAUCCUUUCCGCUUUCACGACGGGUUACUUCGUCGAUAGGAAUUACCGACGACAUGCGCGUCGAGCUGGUUUACCUGUUAUCCGGAACCGCGCGACAGAUAUAAGCAACUUCAACAUCGAAAAAGCACGUAUUGAAAUUGCCCUGCCAAUGUACUAUCUCACCAGCAUUACCAUCAUAGCCUAUGGCUGGGUCAUGGGGCGACAAGUCCACCUCACAGCACCCGUAAUCCUACUAUUCCUCUGUGGCUGGGCAAUUAACGGCACGUCGCAGGUUCUCAAUGCAUUAAUGGUGGAUAUCUGGCCCGGACGCUCGGCAGCCGCUACGGCAGCGAAUAACCUGUUUCGGUGUGAACUGGGCGCGGCGGCUUCAGCGGCUAUUAACCAUAUGCGGUUGGCGAUGGGGUGGGGGUGGGCGUAUACGGUAUUGGCGUUGAUUUCGAUUGCGGCUUCGCCGGCGCUGUGGUUGGUGUCGAAAUAUGGGAUUCAGUGGAGGCAGAGGAAGGUGGAAAAAGAGAGGUUGAAAGCGUUGGCGUUGGGGGAGGGUUCUUGA